AUGAAUUCUUCAGGUCAUUGGGAUCAUUCAGGUGUUUAUGGUCGUACAGGAGAUACGGCUGAUGAAUAUGAUGUCAGGAAUCACCCGUUUAAUUCAUCAUCAGUGAAUGCAUUAGCAACUUCACUGCAUGGAGAUUUGGAUCUUUAUCCCAGUAAUCAAUCAUAUACUGAAAGGGAUCUGGAUUUCAGGACUCAUGCUAGUGAUUUCAUGCUGCCAGAUGACAUUGCUUCAAAUGCAAUGCAACCCAAUACUAAUAUUGGAGGUGAUGAUAAUGCUUAUGAAUCAGUGCCUCUGUCAGGUCAAUUAAGUAUCGAACAAGCUCAAAGAGUUUAUUAUGUUAAAGGAUUAGAAGAACUCGAAUCAUUCCAAUUAGUUGAUCUUUCCCCAUUGGCUAAUUGGAAAUUAUCCUCUUAUAAACAAGGAUUCGGUUUGGCUCAAUUGAGAGAUGAUUCUCCUGAUAGUUAUUGGCAAUCAGAUGGUAGUAAUGGGAAUAAUAAUAAUAAUGCUAUUUUGAAUAAUCAACUUUGUAAUCCUCAUUCUAUCACGAUUCAAUUUUCCAAAAAGGUUUCAUUAGAGAGAAUCUCAAUCUUUACCAAUUAUUCCCUUGAUGAAAGUUAUACCCCUUCACAAAUUAGAAUCAUGGCUGGUAGUUCUGAAGGGUGGGAUUUAGGUGAAGUUUGUACGGUUAAUUUUUCUAAACCAAUUGGUUGGUCUCAUAUUAUAUUUAAUGGAAUCAGAGGCGAUGGAGUAUUAAAGUGUUUUAUGGUUAAGAUUAUUAUUCUUGCCAAUCAUCAAGAUGGUAAGGAUUCUCAUAUAAGGGCAGUUAGAUGUUUUGGGAAAAAGAAAUUAAACUCUAUCAAUCUUCCUCCUAUAUUCAGUGAACGUAAACAUGGUGAUAGUACUUCAUAUGAUGCUAUCGCAAUCAAUAGUGAUAUAUUGAAAGAUUUAAGUUUGGCUAGUGGAUUAAGUAAUUCAUCAGGAUUCCUGAUAAAUCAAAGAAAUCAAUUUACUCAAUCAUCCAUUAAUACACGUCGUGAAUUCUCUUAUAUUGAAGAAGGAGAAGGAGAUAAAGAUGAUGAUCAAGUCGAGGAAGGCACUAUUGAGAAUGAAACUGAUAAAGAAUGUUCUAGAGUUUUAAAUAACGUGGCUGAUGUAAUUGGAUUUAAUUCUGGAUUCCAAAGUUUAGAUUUACAAGCUGUAUCAUCUAUUCGAUAA